AUGGCCACAAAUAACCACAGAUGGCCACAGAUGACCACAGACGGCCAUAUACGGCCACAGAUGGCCACAAAUAACCACAGAUGGCCACAGAUGGCCACAGACGGCUACAGAAGGCCACAGACGGCCACAGACGACCACAGACGGCCACAGACGGCCACAGACGGCCACAGACGACCACAGACGGCCACAGAUGGCCACAGACGGCCACAGACGGCCACAGACGGCCACAGACGGCCACAGACGGCCACAGACGGCCACAGACGGCCACAGAUGGCCACAGACGGCCACAGACGGCCACAGACGACCACAGACGGCCACAGAUGGCUACAGACGAUCACAGACGGCCACAGACGACCACAGAUGGCCACAGACGGCCACAGACGGCCACAGACGGCCACAGACGACCACAGACGGCCACAGACGACCACAAAUGGCCACAGACGGCCACAGACGGCCACAGACGGCCACAGAUGGCCACAGACGGCCACAGAUGGCCACAGAUGGCCACAGACGGCCACAGAUGGCCACAGAUGGCGACGGUGGCUCGGGGCAAGCGCUUACCUCAAUAUGGUCAAUAAUGCUGGGGAAGGCAGGCGGCCUUGUAUUAAAAUGGAAUAUUGGAUCACUCAGCAAGAUGGGCCGGAUAGUUGUGUACCUGGGGCCAGGUAG